AUGUUUGCUCCCGAUUAUGGCGCCGCGUCGAGCCACAUCAAGACGCUGAUGUCCGAACGCGAAGACUUUGUCGCGGCAAACCGCUUGCAGGCCGCGCGGAUCAGCGAGCUCGAGGCAGCGGUGGAGGCAAUCUCGACCGAGCGCGAUGAGGCGACCGCCGAGAGCCGAGCGGCGGCCCUGCUGGUCGACCGGCUCGCGACCUCGAACAACGAGAAGGAGCAGACGAUCGAGAAGCUGCAGACCGCGGCCAAAGCGGACGAGGUGUCAUCGCUGUGUCGGGAGGGCGCGGGCGUGUUGGAGUCCUUGCAGGACCUGCUGGAGGAAGUCUCGCCGAGGAGGGAGGCGCAGGCUAACACGGUGCAGUACCGACCGUCGGUGGGCUGA